UUAUAUUUCUGUGCUAUGCAAACCGAUGUUUAUAAAGUGCUUUGUUCCAUCAGACAGAGAGAAUGUAUUGAUGUUACAUAUAUUUCGAUAUACAAUCUACUUUCAUCUGCUGGGUGAAAACAGAAACGGAUUUUAAUUUUCUGCAGAAAAAAAAAAAAAAAAAAAAAAACUAUAUUGAUUUUCCUUUAUAUUUUAUUCUCCUCAAGGAAAGUCUCCAAAACUAUUGAAAGGAAGAACAGCCCUUCUGUUGCUUGUUUGUGGAAGAGUGAGCAGGUAGGUGAAUGCAGCUAUGGUGUUAAUUCUAGGCAGGAGAUUAAACAGGGACAACCAUGGGGUACACGAUUCCCCAGCCACCAAGCGAAAGGUCUUCGAGGGGGACUCCAAGACGCCGGGGAACCAUGACAUCUUCGAUUUCUGCUCGGGGUCGACUCACGGCGAUGGCAUCCUGCAGGUGCUCAACGAGUUCAGGGAUAGCCGUCUCUUCACCGACGUGAUCAUCUGCGUGGAGGGCCGCGAGUUCCCCUGCCACCGCGCCAUCCUUUCGGCCUGCAGCAGUUACUUCCGGGCCAUGUUCUGCAACGACCACCGUGAGAGCCGCGAGAUGCUGGUGGAGAUCAACGGCAUCCUGGCUGAAGCCAUGGACAGCUUCCUGCAGUACGUCUACUCAGGCAAGGCCAAGAUCACCACAGAGAACGUCCAGUUCCUCUUCGAGACCUCCAGCCUCUUCCAGAUCGGGGUCCUGCGCGACGCUUGCGCCAAGUUCCUGGAGGACCAGCUGGAUCCCUGCAACUGUCUGGGCAUCCAGCGCUUUGCAGACACCCACUCGCUCAAGCACCUGGCCAGCCGCUGCAGGACCUACGCCCAGCAGAACUUCACAGACGUGGCCCAGCAUGAGGAGUUCCUGGACCUGCACCGAGACGAGCUGGUGGAGAUCAUCUCCAGUGAUGAGCUGGUCGUCAGCAAGGAGGAGACGGUCUUUGAGGCCGUCAUGCGCUGGGUCUACCACGACGUGGACUACAGGAGGCCCAUACUCAAGGAUCUGCUCCAUCACGUUAGAAUGCCCCUGCUGCACCCCAACUACUUCGUCCAGACGGUGGAGGGAGACCAGAUCAUCCAGAACUCCCCCGAGUGCUACCAGCUGCUGCACGAGGCCCGGAGGUACCAUGUGCUGGGCAACGAGAUGAUGUCCCCCAGGACCAGACCUCGCAGAUCCACAGGCUUUUCGGAGGUGAUCGUGGUGGUCGGGGGCUGUGAGCGAGUGGGGGGGUUUAACCUCCCCUACACCGAAUGCUACGAUCCAGUGACGGGAGAGUGGAAGUCUCUGGCCAAACUUCCGGAAUUCACCAAAUCUGAAUAUGCAGUCUGCGCUUUGAGGAAUGACAUCCUCGUCUCGGGUGGACGGAUUAACGGACGGGAUGUUUGGAUGUAUAACUCGCAGCUUAACAUGUGGAUCAGGGUUGCCUCCUUAAACAAAGGCAGAUGGCGUCACAAGAUGGCUGUCCUCCUGGGAAAGGUGUAUGCAGUCGGGGGCUACGAUGGGCAGAAUCGUCUGAGCAGUGUGGAGUGCUACGAUUCCUUCUCGAACCGCUGGACCGAGGUGGCACCCAUGAAAGAGGCAGUCAGCUCCCCGGCUGUGGCCAGCUGCGCCAGCAAGCUCUUUGUGAUUGGAGGAGGGCCAGAUGACAACACCUGCUCUGACAAGGUCCAGUGUUACGACCCGGAGUCGAACACGUGGCUGCUGCGUGCAAACAUCCCCAUCGCAAAGAGAUGCAUCACCGCCGUGUCUCUGAACAACCUGAUCUAUGUGUCCGGAGGCCUCACCAAGUCCAUCUACUGUUACGAUCCCAUUGAGGACUACUGGAUGCACGUCAUGCACACAUUCAACAAACAGGAGAGCUGUGGAAUGUCGAUAUGUAACGGCAAAAUCUUCAUCCUGGGAGGAAGGGGGGAAAGUGGAGAAGCCACAGACUCUAUUCUGUGCUAUGACCCGGCUACAGGAAUCAUCACAGGGGUGGCAGCCAUGCCCCGGCCCAUCUCCUACCACGGCUGUGUGACCAUCCACAGAUACAAUGAGACGUACUACAAGCCCUGAGGCACUUAAUCCAGGAUGGACACUUCAAAUCCACAACUUGAGGAGACUAUCUUCAGUCCUGUGGAAAUAUCUUAGAAUAGAGAUAAGAUGAGCUCUGUUUCUUUGGAGUGGUGUAUUUUUAUUUUUAUUUUUUAGUGGUUUGGAUUUAAUUUUGGUAGAAGUGAGUGCAAGUUAGUAACUUUCUGUAUAACAUUGCCGUACUCAGUUUUUAUUUUUAAUUCUAUAAGACUAUGGUAAUAAUUUGAAAUUAAGAUUAUUGGCUGAACAGCUGUUCUCAAUAACUUGUGUAAUAAACAGCUGUGACCCUAUCCCCCUUUAGAAACUAGCAGAGAACUGGUAAACGCAGCAACUACAAAACAGCCUUUCGAUUGGAUGCAAGAAACUGUGAUUCAUUCAUUUGUAGCUUAGACAAAGCAGUGCACACCACUGACAAUGAAAAAAAAAUUACAUCAAUAAGGGGUAUAGGCUA